AAGUAGCAAAACCAUUACAGAAGAAAAAGAAAAAAAACCCAGAUCGCCUUCUUUUCCUCCUUGCACGGCUUAGUGUAAACAGCACGAGACAAAAAUCAACGUUUGUGUGUGUGUGCGUGUGUCAGUCGAAGUUGAAUGUCCUUUUUUUAAAUGCCAUUAUUUUUUUAUGAAAUAGGAUGAUAAUGAUUUAAAAAAAGAAAGAAAAGAUUUGUAAAUGAAGGCGUGAGAAUGACGGUGGGAAGCUGGAAGAGCCUCCGCAAUGGUUGUGCGCGUGUGCACGCGCAUGAGCGUGUAUUUGUGUGCGCGUAGGACAAAGAGGCUGAGACUUUGCUCUCAGUUGUUCCUCUUCGAAGUGGAGCGCCAGAGCUCCUUUGUUCCCCUCUUUUUCUUGGUGUGCUGAAAAGGUGCGCUGGUCCAACAUGAGAUCCCUUUUGAGCUUCCUGUUCCUGCUGCCGCUGGCGUGCUGCCUCCCGGCGCCGUCGCGGCCGGCGGGCCCGCGCUACUGCCGCCGAUGCUGCGACCACCUGGAUCCUCAGGCCUCGGCCCCCCACUACCGGCUCCCCGAGGUCCGCACCGUGGUCAACAUGACCAUCCUGAAAGGCGAUAAAGGCGACCGAGGGGACAAAGGCACGCCCGGCAAGCCCGGCGCCGAAGGCCUCUCGGGUCCGCCGGGCCCGGCGGGCCCCCAGGGCAGCAAGGGCCAAGCGGGCGCCCCGGGGGACCCCUGCAAGAACCCGCGGUCCGCCUUCUCGGUGGGCCGCCGCAAGUCCCUGCACAGCGUGGACUACUACCAGCCGCUGGUGUUCGACACGGUAUUCGUCAACCUGCACGAGCACUUCAACAUGUUCAAGGGCAAGUUCUACUGCUCCGUGGCCGGCGUCUACUUGUUCAACCUCAACGUCCACACCUGGAACUUCAAGGAGACUUACAUGCACCUGAUGCACAACCAGGAGCCGCAGGUCAUCCUGUACGCACAGCCCAGCGAGCGCUCCAUCAUGCAGAGCCAGAGCGUCAUGAUGGACCUGCAGCCGGGCGACGAGGUCUGGGUGCGCCUCUACAAGCGCCAGCGCGACAACGCCGUCUACGGGGACGACGUGGACGUCUACAUCACCUUCAACGGGUAUCUGGUGGCCCCCGCCGGACAGUGAGACACCGCCAAGCUUAAAUGGGCUUUCGUGAUGACGUCAUUGAUCGAUCAGAUCGAAACUUUAUAUUAGAUGCAUUCUAUUUUUUUGUUACAUAGAAAUGUUGUUGGAAAUUUUAUAUAAAAAAAAAACAAUACAAUGCGAUUAUUCAAAA